AUGUGGCGGGCUCGCCAGGAGUACGAGUACGUGCUGGACGGCCGGUGCGUGGCGCACCUCCCCAGCCUCAACAAGCAGGUGGCGGGCUUCCAGUACCGGGGCCGCCUGCGCGUCCAGGUGCCGCGCGACAACACGCUGCUCCUCCAGAUGGAGAACGUGACGUACGCCAAGUCGCACACGCAGGUGGUGAACAGCUGGUGGGACAAACUGCCCGACGUGGCCGACGACGACGCCUACCGCGAGCUGCCGCUCAGCAAGCAGACCACCAUCCUCAAGCUGGACGACGGCCUCAUCCACAGCGUGGUGGUGUCGGACGAGAUGGAGGACUGGGAGGUGAACUUCGUGCAAGGCGUGGCGGGCGCACUGCAGGCCGACCUGUCUGGCUCCCACGCCGUCCAACUGCACGACCGCGAGCCAUCCAACGACAUCCACGGUCGCGGGGAGUACCUAGACGCGCCCGUCUACUCCGUCUUCGAGGACUCGGUGUCGGGCCGCUGUGAGGUGACGUACGAGGUGGGCCAACUGUCCAAGAUGGCGCUGCUGGCCAACCCGUCUUGGGCGCUGCGGCCGGACCUGUGCUCCAACGGCGGCAUGCUCGAGGUGGUGAAGACGCGCAACCACAGCAACUGCCACCACGUCGCCGAGUCGCACUUCGGCCUGCGGCCCGCGCUGCGCUGUACGCCCGCGGACGCUAACUGCGGCGACUUCUGGACGAGGUCGUCGAUGACGCGGCUGGUGGGCUGCGGCUCUCGGCGCGACUUCCUGCUGCUGAGCGCGUCGAGCAGCUCCCGGGUCGUGGUCAACCUGCACCUCCACAACGGCACAGAGGCCUCCGCCAGCUGCUUCCUGCGCCUCAACCUCGCAGACCUGCGCCCCAUCAACGACAGCUUCCCGCUGCCGCACAAGGAGUACUCCAGGAAGAUCUCCGGCCUCUCCUACCUCUUCAGGGGCAAGAAGGACGGAGACACGCCGGAAAUUUGCAAGACGGAGGCGAACAGCACGGCCGCGCCCGAAGUGACCAGCAGCCUGGCAGGGGCCGCUGGCGGCAGCGGCGGAACCACUGCAGCCAGCCCUGCUCCCGCGCGCCGCAGGAGGAAACUGGAGACGGAACCUGUGGAAUGGAUAAAACCGACGGAGACAUUGCCCUUCGGAGUCGCGGGUGAAGCUGCAGCACCAGAAAUAGAAAUCGAUGCCGAACAUGGUGAUGAGCCUGAAACCACGACGGCGGAAGUACCUGAGACCACGGUACCUGAGUUUUCUGAACCCACGAGAGUUGACGCCUUCCAGCCUGACUGGGUAGUCCCUGAAGUUGAAGUCGUUGCUGAACCUACCGAAGAGUCCGGUCCAAAUAACGUAGCUUCACUGGAAUUCCCAGAGGACGCGGAGGAGACCACGUCAAUGCCUGAGCCGACAGAAGCCACGGAAGUGACGACCCGGCGCUCCAGGCACAGGUCGAGGAGCAGACACAGGUCCAGGAGCCGGCUGUUCGACAGCGAGAACCUGGGGCUGGAGAACCAGCUGGAAGAGAGCGGGAGGCACCACCGCCGUCGCACCAGGGACACCAGGGCAGCGCCUGUGAGGCACGGCCUCUACACUCCACUGGCCAGGCCGCUGUCUCCGUACUACGUGUCGCAUCGCGCGGGCGACGCGCACGCGUGCAUGGUGCAGCAGCUGAAGGAGCUGGUGACAGACAUCGCCAGCGACCUGGAGGAGUCGGCGCACAUCGCGCAGCGGCGCACGCUCGAGAAGAUGGCCGUCGCCGUCGAGAUGUGCCGCGCGCUGUCGCUGCCGGACCUGCAGCGCGCGCUCGCUGGAAUCAUGGACGCGCGGCGUAGCGACACCAGCCUCGAAGAGAAAGCAGAAAGGAAGGUGUACCGCGACGUGGUGAAGCUGUGCGGCACCAGCCCGGCGUUCCAGCUGGCGCGCUCGCUGCUCGAGACGAAGAAGUUGGUCGGCGAGGAGGCAGCGGAGCUCGUGUCGGCGCUGCCCGCAGCCCUCAUCGCGCCAGACGCCUCGCUCGUACAGAGCUUUUACGAGCUGGUGCGCUCGAAGGCGGUGCAGGAGGACGAGCCGCUGAAGGUGUCGGCGGUGCUGGCGUUCUCGCAGCUGGUGCGCGUCGCGUGCGCUGACGAGGCGGCCCGGCGCGCGCGAUUCCCGCCAGAGGCGAUGCGCGACGCGUGUUCUCCGGCGCAGGCGGCGCGCUUCCUGCCCUGGCUGGCGCGCCAGGCGCACAGGGAGCCCGCCCUGCGCACCGUCUACUUCGCCGCGCUCGGCAACACCGGCUCCUUCGCCGCCGUGCCCUCGCUCAAGGCGGCGGCGCUGAACGGCUCGCUGGCGGCGCACGAGCGCGCGGCGGCGCUGCUGUCGCUGCGCCAGGUGGCGCUGCGGCGGCCCGAGGCGGUGUCGCAGCUGCUGCUGGUGGUGUUCCGGGACUACGCGCAGCCGCUGCCCGUGCGCCUGGCGGCCGGCACGUUGCUGCUCUUCACGCGGCCCGGGCCCGCGCUCUGGCACCGCGUCGCUACCGCCACCUGGUUCGAGCCCAGCCCCGCAGUCGUCGCCUUCGUCUGGACCACUCUCAGCUCGCUCGCCUCUUCCGACGACCCGGUUACCAGAGAUAUGAGCGAGUGGGCGCGCGGCGUGCUGAAGCUGGCCAAGCCGGCGCCGGUGGGCCCGCAGCUGCCGUACACGAGCGUGUGGACGGCGGCGUCCGCCGGCAUGCGCCAGCUGCUGCUGCAGGAGCUCAGCUACGCCCCCUCCGUCGGCGGCGCCAACCUCUACUACCGCCGCCUCACGCGGCUCGGCGGCUUCUCCACCAACGAAAUAGAGGCGGAGCUGUGGAUGACGGACCCCGCUCGGCUGGUGGAGCUGUCGCUGCAGCACGCCUUCCCCGGGCCGGAGUCGGGCCCCAAGCAGAAGAGGCCCACGCGGUCUGCUCCCACCCCACACAGCCUGUCCGCCAUCCGGGAGAAGCUGCGCAUCGCCGCGCGGAAGCUGCCGCGCCUGCAGGGCAGCCUCCGCCUCAACUUCGGCGGACUGCGCGACCGGCUCUUCCUAUUCGACAAGAACAUCGUCGACAACAUUGAUAAAGCGGUACAGAAGUUGGUAGAGGAGUUGCAGACGGGGAAGGACAUGCACUACCAGAACGCGGGGCAGGACGAGCUGGUGAUGGCCACCGUCAGCGAGCUGGGCUUCCCCGUCUCCUUCCAGCUCAAGUCGCUGCUGCUGGGCCGCGCUACCGCCAAGGCGCGCCUCAACCUGAAAGACCACGACCUCUCCGUCGAGGGCUCUGCACUGGUCACAUGGCAACUGCUGUCUGAACUUGGGGUGUACACGGGCUGGGAUGAUGUGCUGUACCUGGCAGCAUCGCACGCCACAUCGCUGGCGCGUUUGCCAAAGAGCAGGCUGCGUGCCAGCCUGAAGGACGAAGCGCUGCAGUUGUCUGUGGAGCCCUUGGCGCCGGACAACGAGCCGCAGCUGCUGUUCCACCACAGCUGCACGCCGUUCACCGCGCAGCACGAUAUCCUCAGCCUGGCACCCGCCAGCCUCAGCAAGAACGCCAAGCCCGACCUCACCGCGCCGGAGCACUACUCGCUGAAGGCGGGCGACCUGCACGUGGAGUACCAGUCCCACCAACGGCCUGCGUCGCUGUCCGACUGGCUGCUCAACUCGGCGCCCGUGUUCGGCUUCCCACUGCUCUGGGACACGCUGGACCACGCCAAGGUGCAGGUCGUGCUCGCACGCUGGCACCGCGUCGCACUCACCAUCACUGUGGAUCACGCCCAAGUGGCGAAUGGCGUGUAUAACGUACAGAGGGUGGCCCUAGCUGGAGCGCAGACGACCGAGGCGCCAGCAACCACGGAGAUGACGUCUUCCACGGAGCCGCUCUCGACCGAGGCUGCUACCGAAGCCCUGGCCACCACCGCCGCUGCUGCCGCCACGACCGCGCCGCCCGCCGAGGAGACCACACCCACCCCUGCCUCGACAACGACAACGACAACGACAACGACAUCGACCACGACGGCGACCCCUACGACUGUCGCAGAGGAAACCGCAUCGACUCCGACCACGCAGUCGACAACUACCACGCAAUCGACACCGACUCUGUUGACCCUGUUAACGGAACUGACGACUGCCCCAGAAAAUGUGUCUACGUCACCAGCGUCGGUACUGCUGACUACGAUGCCAGAGCCGACCGAGGCACCGAAGGUUGUCGCCAACCUGACAGUGACGCACCGCCAACCCGUGUCCUGGCCCACGCCAUUCAACGCCACCGACCUCGACCCCUUUUCCGAGACUAUCAACGGGAGCGGCCUACUGUAUCUUCUGGACAAGGCCUUCAACGGAACUGAUUACGGGCGCGCUCUGACGGUGUCCGUGAACGCAAGCGUGCUGGCGCAGGGCGAGCCGGCGGCCAGCGAGUACCACGGCGUGGCCACGCUGGCGCGCGCGCUGGAUGCCCGCCUCAUCCGCGCCGGCGUCUUCCUCAACAGCGAGGAAGACUCCUGGCAGAUUGCGGCUACGGGCAGCUGGGAAGUUGAGCCGCUUCCCUUCCUAGACGUGGACAGCCUGCUGCGAAGUAACCUGGCGUCCAACAUCAGCGCCGACUUCGUCUACCAGGCCAACGAGACUAGGUACAUCGUCCUCGUUAAGGGCAGCGCGAGCCGCGGCGAGCCGCGCAGACAGCAGCUGCUGGCGGCGCUCGAGGGGGAGUGCCCCUCCGCCGCUCCCGCCACCCCCGCCGCCCACGCACCCGCCAGCGCCGGCGCCACAGCAGCCUGCGUCCGCGUCGCUCACUCCGCCGCCCUCGCCAACAAAUACGACUUCUCCUUCAACUUCAACGAGCCGGUGCUGGAGUUCCUGGAGACGCCGGCGGAGCAGAAGACGGCGCGCGUGGUGCUGGAGGUGGACGAGGAGCGCGACGUGCUGGAGGCGUGGCUGCGCGUGCCGCCGCGCAGGGAACCGGAGUUCCGCAGCUACGCGCUGGGCCCUCUGCUGCCGCAGCUCAUGCUGCUCAACCCCGCCACCAGCUUCGACCAGAGCCUCUACACCUCAGCGUACUGCGGCGUCAGCGGACAGGUGUUCCACACGUUCGACGGCGUGGAGUUCGAGUACGUGCUGGACAACGACUGGCACCUGCUCACCAAGGACUGCUCGGGGCGCAGCGGCGUAGCCGUGCUCGUGCGGCAGCCCACCCUCUCCAGCCUCGAGGUGGAGGUGAACGCGGACGACUACCGCGUGGCGAAGCUGGGCCCCGGCGCGGCGGCGUCGGUGAGCGGCCAGCAGCUGCGGCUGGCGGCGGGCGACGCGGCCGACGUGCGC